AUCGGUCCGAAAACCCUGGCUGUGGCGAGGCAAGGUCUGUAGGCCUUAAAGCCGGUUCGUGGCACGCAGAGAAGAAAACUCCUCUUCCGUUUCCUUCCCAGUUCCGCGUUGUGAUCGGUGGGUCGUCAAACUUAGGUCCAAGAUGACGUCCAAAGUCUCCAGGGACACAUUCUACGAGUGUGUGUCGGCCGUCCUUCAGCAUGCCGCCGAGACGAAAAAGAGGAACUUCACCGAGACCGUGGAAAUCCAAAUCGGUCUGAAGAACUACGAUCCCCAAAAGGACAAGCGUUUCUCUGGCACCGUGAAGCUGAAGCACAUCCCCAGGCCCAAGAUGCAGGUGUGCAUUCUUGGAGACCAGCAGCACUGUGAUGAGGCCAAGGCCAACAAUGUUCCCUUCAUGGAUGCUGAAGCCCUGAAGAAGCUGAACAAGAACAAGAAGCUCGUCAAGAAGCUUGCCAAGUCCUACGAUGCUUUCCUUGCCUCUGAGGCUCUGAUCAAGCAGAUUCCCCGUCUGUUGGGUCCUGGUCUUAACAAGGCUGGUAAAUUCCCUGGUCUUCUCUCCCACUCGGAGUCCAUGAUGGCCAAGAUUGAUGAAGUUAAGGCUACCAUUAAGUUCCAGAUGAAGAAGGUCUUGUGCCUGUCUGUUGGUGUUGGCCAUGUUGGCAUGUCUCUCGAUGAACUUGUCCAGAACGUCCAUCUUGCCAUCAACUUCCUCGUCUCACUUCUGAAGAAACACUGGCAGAACGUCAGGUCCCUGCACGUAAAGUCCACCAUGGGACCACCCCAGCGACUGUAUUAAUUUGCUGCUGAAUUAUACGUUAUCUUCUAAUUUUA